CUUACAAGGUCGAAGAUAUUAGAGACGCCCUACUGCCGACAGGACUGCUGCCUGACGUGGUAUGCAUAGGGGCGUUCCAGAUAAACCAGGUCUGGGCGAUGACCCUGAAUGACGUGACUGCCACGAAAAGACUAGUUGCCCUGAAGGAACUGCAAGUGAAGAGAGGACGGUGCGUCAUCGUUGACCCGCACGACCAGCAGGUGAAGCUUAGGCUUCACUGCCUGCUGUACGGCGUUGCCGACGAGGACGUCCGGACGUUCGCGGCUUUCGGCAAGGUGGAGGAGGUAAGCCAGGAAAGGUGGCGCGUCCAUGGCAUGGGCAUCAAGAUCUCCACCACCAGGCCUGUGUUCCUCAAGCUGAAAAGGGGCGUCAAAGUGGAGGGCCUUCUUCAUCAGUUCCGCGUCGGCGGUGCUGACGUUUCGGACACGUUGACGCUGACUGCGCCAAAUCCAACGCCACCGUGAUCGGUCCAGCAGCGAGUGACGUUGCUGCUGAGCACGUCAUAGACGUGGUCGAGACGGAGGACGCCGCCAAAGGAACGGGAGACAUGCUUUCGACAGGGAUACUCAGCGCGUCAUCGACUACCGGCGCAGAAGGCUUGGUGGCUGAGGCUGCCGAGAAGACGGGCAAGUCGGUACAGGUCCUACCUGCAGCGAGCCUUGCUAACGGCGCCCUAACGGAGACGCACCCAACAAUGACACGACUGCUAUGCUGUAGGACAAGGACGUCAACGAUGGCGACCGGACUGUGACUCUCGGUGCCUCAGUCAACGUUCCUCACGACGAGACUAAGGACCGGGACGAUGGUGCGACCAGCACCAGCGAGGGGCCGCCGACGAAGGUGCCUCAAGGAAGGCCGAUGGACUACAAGUCAAAGCCUAAUGUACAUCCUUGCAAUUUUUUAACAAUAUCGCGCGAGCGGCCCUGUAGCGAUGAGGUGAUACCCUAAAGCCUAACAGCGCCGCAGAAUGCAUUCGAACUAGAAUUCGUCUUGCACGACCACACAUAAAGUUGCCAAACCCUACAGCUCUCGCCGCUACAACGCCAUUGACAUGCCUUGCGGUCGACACUCGCAUGAUAUUGUUAAAGAAUUGCAAGGGUGUACCACCUGAAAAGAAGCCUCUGGGCAAAGCGGCCUCGCCUAACGACAC